GUGAACCGCAUGUGCGUUACAUCGUGGGCUGUGUCUGUGGGAUUCGGAGACACUAGCGCGGCUUCUUCACUCUAAACAAAGACUAACCCUGACACGCGCUGCACUGUCCGUGUCUGCCGUGUGGAUGCAGCCUCUCAGAGUUCAACUUUUGACAGCAGGAGGAUGAGCUAGCACCCUGUAAUUGCAUUGCUGGAUAGAAAACGUGGGUUGUGUGCAGAGUACAGUACAGAGUAGAGUACACAACAUACAUAGACUGGACAAUUGAGACAAAGUGCUGUCAGGAGGAUCUGGAAGGGUUCCAGCCUCAUCUGUAUUACCAUCAUGGUGGUCAUCAUGUGUCCUGGACUGUCUGUGCUGACAGUUUUCUGCUGCCUGGCAUCUGCACUGUGGGCGUUUCCAUUUGGACCUGUACUAGAGCUGGAUGUCACUCCAAGGACCACUGUACUCGUCAACGGGCUUCUUGGAUGUAACCGUUUCCGGGGUUUGGCUGUAAACUACAGCUCUCUGUUGCUGGAAGAUGGAGCUGGACUGCUGUAUGUGGCAGCCAGAGAGGCCCUGUAUGCUCUGAACUCAGCUAACAUCUCCACUAUACGCAACAACUCUUCUAUUGAUUGGGCUGCAUCUGCAGAUCAGAAGAGACAGUGCUUAAGCAAAGGAAGAGAUAAUCAGACAGAAUGCUACAAUUACGUCCGAUUCCUCGAUCGAUAUAACGAGACUCAUCUCUAUACCUGCGGGACUCAUGCCUUCCGACCUCGCUGCGCAUACAUAGAUGUGGAGCGCUUUAGCUUUGUGCGCUUUGAGGAGGGCAAAGAGAAGUGUCCCUAUGACCCAGCAAAGGGUUACACUGGUCUCAUUGUAGAUGGUGAGAUGUACUCUGCCUCUCAGUAUGAGUUCCGCAGCACCCCUGACAUUCGCCGUAACUUCCCUUUCCCCAACCUGCGGACAGAAGAGGCUCCAACAAAAUGGCUUUUGGAGGCGGACUUUGUUGGCUCAGCGUUAUUGAGAGAGAGCAUCAACAGCUCCACUGGGGACGAUGACAAACUUUAUUUCUUCUUCACGGAGAGAAACCCAGAGCAGAGCCCCUACUCCAGUCAGACCAGAGUGGCCAGAGUGGCCAGGGUCUGUAAGGGUGACAUCGGAGGUCAGAGGACUCUCCAGAGGAAGUGGACGUCCUUUUUAAAAGCCAGGCUCAAGUGCUCUAUUCCUGAGUAUGAGCUGCAGUUCAAUGUCCUGCGUGGUGUGUAUGUGCUGGAAGGGCCGAGUGUGCACGACAGCACCCUCUGGGGUGUCUUUGGUCUUGAAUGGAAAAAUGUUAAAGCAUCUGCAGUCUGCCAGUACUCUCUCAAAGAUGUACAGGCUGUGUUUGAUGGGCCCUACAUGGAACUCCAAGAGUCUAAAUGGAGGGAAUACACUGGGAAGGUUCCAGACCUUCGGCCUGGCUCAUGCAUAACUGAUCAGCACCGUGCUCAGCUCAUAAAUACGUCCCGUGACCUUCCAGACAACAUACUGAUGUUUGUCCGGCGACACCCUUUGAUGGCCAGAGAAAUCCAGCCAAUAGGAGGGCGACCCCUACUGUUCAAAAAGAGAGUGGACUACACCAGAAUAGCAGUUCAUAAAGUCACUGCCUUGGAUGGGAAAAGCUAUACUAUGUUCUUCAUUGGAACAGAUGAGGGCUGGCUGCACAGGGCUGUAGAGAUUGGAGAUCGAGUGCACAUCAUUGAGGAGCUCCAGCUUUUUAAGGAGUCACAACCCAUAAACAACAUGGUUAUUUCACAUAAACAGAAGAGUGUAUAUGUGAGUGCUGCGUCCGGAGUGGUGCAGGUAGCUCUGUCUGCCUGUGUGCGGUACACCUCAUGCUAUGAUUGCGUGUUUGCUCGAGACCCAUUGUGUGGUUGGGACGGAAGACAGUGUGCUGAAAUAUCAUCCUAUGCUGAUAAGUCUAACCUAACUCAGGACAUUCAGAUGGGUAACAGAGGGUGCGAUGACAUCACAGCUGAUGGUUUAGUGUCCCAUCGCACUCGUUCAGUGAUGACGGGAGACGAUGUACUCUUGCAGUGCGAGCUUCACUCCAACUUGGCAGUUCCACGCUGGACACUGAACGGUGAGCAGUUGCAGGGUUAUGGAACUGACAGAGGCUACCGGACUGGCAUAGAUGGACUGCUCAUAAUUGGAGCUCAGAGCAGGCAGAGUGGUCACUACCGCUGUUAUGCUGUGGAGAAUGCCGUUUGGGUUCCUAUUUGCAGCUACAUGGUGAGGGUGCAACCUGCACCUCCAGCUUCACCUCAUCUACCAACAGACCCAACCGCACUACCGGAGAGUUUCUUCACCACUACUAGUGCAGUACCUGUCACACCCACUAGUGGCCCCACUGAGCAGCCCCUGCACUCCCCACCUGCUGCCCUGCCCUCUGGGCCUGAGUUUCAAACCAAUCGCCACAUGGAGGCCAUGUACAUUUCUUUGGUGGCUGUGUUGGGAGGACUCUGUCUUGUGCUAACUGUGGUGCUGCUGUAUGUUAGCUUCUGUGCACAUAGUGCCCCUGCUGGUAGGAAGUAUUCUCAGGAAGGGCUGGCGGUCACUGCAGCAACAGAGAGAAAGUGGAGCUCCCACUUGGAGCUGAAGACCAUCUCUAGUCACUGCAAUGGAAGAGCUGAUGGGCGUGGUAGAGCAGCAUCAACAGACGGAGCGUUCCUGCAGAUAGUUCCAGGAGAAGGCCAAGCUAGCCCUAGCAAGGAGCCACCUCCAGCACCUCCACUGCCCAUGCCACCACCCCUGCCAUCUACAGACUACACAAACGGCCUCUCAGCCACGUUACCCAGCGUCUUAAGGAAGAUGAAUGGGAACAGCUACGUUCUCCUGAGGCAGGCAGACUCAGAGAUGACCUCACCACUUUACCACUCCUUCACAGAAGAGCUUAACAGAAUCUUAGAGAAGAGGAAACACACACAGCUUGAUCUCCAGCCAGACGAGAGCUCCGUGUAGCCCCAUUUCCCUCUGGUACAUGUAGCGACGCCUUAUGGUGGGAAGCGUAAUGUUACAACUGUUAAGAAGCUGUGUUUUAUUCAAAUAAUAUGCCCACAAUGGUGUAUGUUUUGUGCUGUUUUUGCACUCUAUCCUCAUGUACACCUCCAGUAUAUCUAAACUGAAGCUGUUGUGUAUGAUGAUUUGGGUUUGUUUUUUAAUGUGGACCCUGUGGACACUGAUUAGUGUGUGAAAAACAUAUUGAGAAUGGUUGAGGACUAACCCUAGAUGGAGAUCGCAUUCUGUAGGAACUGCUGGGAAACAGGCUGAUACAGGUUCCCAGAGCAUAAACUUACAAACUGAACAAUGGAACUGAAACCACACAAUGGAAAUGACUUAAAAGUCCACAGUGUUAGAUCCAGAAGUUCCUAUUUAUAUCUACAGUGUUCUGCAUUCAUGUAUUGAUUGCAAUGUAAUUGCAUAGCUAAUCAAUGUGAUAUUCAUAGAAAUAGUCACAUUAGUAAAUUGAGAAACUUUCUGUCACAUAGCACGAUAUGUACAAAACACUGAUUAAGACUUACAGUUCUACUUUGCCACUGUUCUACUACUGCAUUGACCAAUAAUACUGUGCAAAAGUCACAUCACCGUUUUGUUAAUUUAAUUUCCAGUCAAAACAGCCAUAGAGUACAAGCUAUUAAGUUUUCAGUAUCAGGAAAAAGUAUAAAACAUAUGUGGACAUAUCUUACAUUACACAAAUGCCUCAACUGCUAAAUAUAACAUUACAUUUUCAGUAUUUACUGUGUCCAUCCUUUGUCUUUAUUACAGCUUCUUUUUCACACCUACAAUGUACAGUCUUAGAUGUUGGUUGCAUUUUCAGCUUCUUAGAAUAUCCAAACACAUUCAGUGAUGUUGAGGUCUGGACUCCACCAGCUACUUUCUUUGUUUGAUUUCCAACUUUUCUUUUUUCAGCUUUUUUUCUAACAGCUUCUGUUCAGCUAUAGAAUUUUUCAGACUCAUUUUGUUGAGUUGUCUUCUCACAGUGAAAGAAUGAAUGAUCUAAUGGCUGCUUUGACUUGAAAUUAAAUGAAUGAAAGCUGGCCUCUGAUAUUUGCAUAGUACUGUACAUAGAUUGCCAAUGAAAUAACUGAGGAGAAUUAUUGGUCUCUCAGUGGAGGUUUGUGAAUUAUUUGCAAAAGUAACAAUAAAUCAUAAUUCACAUAGUGUCUUUGGACAUGCUGUAAGAAUAUUCUAAGACAAGAAAGAGUAAAUUUGAAUAACAAAGCACUACAGCAAACUCAAUAAAGUAUAAUAUAGUGGAGAACGUUUUUUUCCAGAAAAAGCAUAUGUGAGCCUUUUUUGAUGACUUUGUGGAAACAUGUCCACAGGGCAUAAAGGUAAACAUUUAAUUUAUGCAAGUGAAGAAACACUGUGAAAAAUGAGAUUGUUAUUAUGACAAUGCCAAUAUUGUAAACUGCCCAGAAAGACCAGGGAUACAUUCAAGCACUUUACAGUGGAUAUUGCAACACUGUUAAAGUGCUCCAUGUGCCACAUGCCACACAAAAUUGCCAUCACUAUAAAAGAAUUUAUAUAUAUUUGCCAGAUUUAUCAGAAUGUGAUGUCUUUAUUGUUAUUUUACCAGUGAUAAGUAACAAAAUGCACAAAAACAGAUAACAUGAAGUCUCUUUAAGUAAAGUUGACCAGUGCUCUAGUCUCAUAUACAGCCAUAUGGGGGGAAAAACACUCCCAUUCAAAUGACAUUUUUUGAUUUUCUAAAUGGAAACAUUGGACAUCCUCUACAGACAAUAAAUUAAAAUAUGCGAUUUUUCUGCUAAUUUUAGUGUACAAUUUCUAUUUUAUUUCUACAUAUUGGGGAAAAAAUAGAAAAUGUGCCCUAAAUUUUGCACAAGCUACAUUUCAUGUUUUGUUUCUUUCCAAUAUGUUAAAUUCAGCAAAUAAACAGUAAACAAAAUAUACAGAAUUAUGUUCCCUCUAGAGGAUGUGACUUAUUUUCACUCAGAAAAUCAACUCAAAAUCAUACAAUUUGACCAAGGGCACCCAUAUACAGCUCUAAGUGCUAGUACCUACAAAUGACAGGAAACAUUCUGUAAUAAUACCUGAAAUAUCUGUAUUCAUAUCUAUCCUAAAGUGUUUGAAUGUACCCAAAAAAGCCAUUUUGAUUUCAUCAUCCCAAUACAGAUCACACACUAUAUAAAGGUUGCUGGCAGACUUCAGUGCUGCAGACUGCUGGACUGGAAGGCUGCAGUCUUUCUGAAAGUGAUGUACUGUAGACAGUAAUGUACAGUACAAUAUGGUCCUUGCUUUGCACUGCUUGUGUUGAGCUGUAACACUGGCCUGCAGUAAAUGUUGAAUCAGCUUUAGCGCACCUUCCCCUUGAGGCUCUCACCACUUGGCUGAUGUAUUUAUCACUGUGUAGGUGACACUAACAGCAGGGCUUCACAUGGAGUCUUCUUGCAGUAUUGUAGAGAGAAUGAAACAGAACAUAUGACUUACUUGCUCUUGCCUGUGAGCUGUUGACAUGACAUUACUGCUUGUAUUUCAUCAUUCUUGUAUUCCCUUUUGCACAAACCCCUUCUACUUGCUUUAUUCUGCACUCAUGCAUUUUAUUGCCAUUGUCUCAUUUAAUCUUCUGCUGUAUAUGCAAUUGCUUGUCAUAACUUUCGUUAUUAUAAAACUGAGGUGAAUAUAUUACUAUGAUAAAACAAA